GCCACACCCCACCCCGGCCGGCCCCUCUAGCAUGGUGCGGGGCCGCCGCCGCAUUCUUCUCCGGCUGCCGACAUGGGCGAGAGGCUGGAGCUCCGGCUGAAGUCGCCCGUGGGAGCCGAGCCCGCCGUCUACCCCUGGCCGUUACCCGUCUACGACAAACACCAUGAUGCUGCUCACGAAAUUAUUGAGACAAUUCGGUGGGUCUGUGAAGAAAUCCCAGAUCUCAAGCUUGCUAUGGAAAACUAUGUUUUAAUUGACUAUGAUACAAAAAGCUUUGAAAGCAUGCAGAGGCUUUGUGACAAGUACAACCGAGCCAUUGAUAGCAUUCAUCAGUUGUGGAAAGGAACCACCCAACCGAUGAAGCUGAACACUCGUCCCUCCAACGGGCUCCUCCGGCACAUCCUGCAGCAAGUUUAUAACCACUCAGUGACUGAUCCAGAGAAACUCAACAACUAUGAGCCCUUUUCCCCAGAGGUUUAUGGAGAAACUUCCUUUGACUUAGUGGCCCAAAUGAUAGAUGAAAUUAAAAUGACAGAGGAUGAUCUGUUUGUUGACCUGGGCAGUGGUGUGGGUCAGGUGGUGCUUCAAGUGGCUGCAGCCACAAACUGCAAACAUCACUACGGUGUGGAGAAAGCUGAUAUUCCAGCCAAAUAUGCUGAGACGAUGGACAGAGAGUUCAGGAAGUGGAUGAAAUGGUAUGGGAAAAAACAUGCAGAAUACACACUGGAAAGAGGUGACUUCCUCUCAGAAGAAUGGAGAGAGAGAAUUGCAAACACAAGUGUUAUUUUUGUGAAUAAUUUUGCCUUUGGUCCUGAGGUGGAUCACCAGCUGAAGGAGCGAUUUGCGAACAUGAAGGAAGGUGGGAGAAUUGUGUCCUCAAAACCUUUUGCACCUCUAAAUUUUAGAAUUAACAGUCGAAACUUGAGUGAUAUUGGCACUAUCAUGAGGGUUGUGGAGCUAUCACCACUGAAAGGGUCUGUGUCCUGGACCGGGAAACCAGUUUCUUACUACCUGCACACUAUUGACCGAACCAUACUUGAAAACUAUUUUUCUAGUCUCAAAAAUCCAAAACUCAGGGAGGAACAAGAGGCAGCUAGACGUCGGCAGCAAAGAGAGAAUAAGAGCAACACAACUACUCCAACAAAGGUUCAAGAAAACAAGGAUUCUGGGGCUGAAGAAGAAAAGGCUGGGGCAAAUUCUGUUAAAAAGCCAUCUCCCUCCAAAGCACGGAAGAAGAAGCUCAGUAAAAAAGGAAGGAAAAUGGCAGGAAGGAAACGGGGACGUCCCAAGAAAAUGAACCCUGCGAACACGGAGCGCAAGACCAAGAAGAACCAAACUGCUCUAGAACUUCUGCAUGCCCAGACUGUUUCCCAGACAUCUUCAUCCUCUCCUCAGGAUGCAUACAAGUCACCUCAUAGUCCAUAUUACCAACUACCUCCUAAAGUGCAACGGCAUUCAUCGAACCAGCUACUGGUGACACCUACCCCACCUGCACUACAGAAGCUGCUAGACUCUUUCAAGAUCCAGUACAUGCAGUUCAUGGCAUACAUGAAAACUCCACAGUAUAAAGCAAGUCUCCAACAGUUGCUGGAGCAGGAGAAGGAAAAGAAUGCUCAGCUACUGGGGACAGCACAGCAGUUGUUCACCCACUGCCAGGCACAGAAAGAGGAAAUCAAACGUCUUUUUCAGCAGAAACUUGAUGAGUUGGGAGUUAAAGCUCUGACGUACAACGACCUGAUUCAGGCUCAGAAGGAAAUCUCUGCUCACAAUCAGCAACUGAAAGAACAGACAAAGCAGCUGGAGAAGGACAACAGCGAGCUCAGGAAUCAGAGCCUGCAGCUGCUUAAGGCACGGUGUGAAGAACUGAAGCUGGAUUGGUCAACAUUGUCACUGGAGAACCUGCUGAAAGAGAAGCAGGCACUGAAGAAUCAGAUUUCUGAGAAACAAAAGCACUGUUUGGAAUUGCAGAUCAGUAUUGUGGAACUUGAGAAGAGUCAAAGACAGCAGGAGCUCCUGCAGCUGAAGUCCUACACGCCCUCUGAGGAGUCACUGUCCGUUCAGCUACGCAAUAAAAACCAUCUGAGCCGUGAUCCUGAGGCUGAUCACAGCAGGUUCCAGCUGGAGCUUGAAUGCUCCAAGUUUCCUCUGCCCCACAUGAAUGGCAUGAGCCCUGAACUGUCCAUGAAUGGCCAUGCUACACCCUAUGAAAUUCAUAACACUUUCAGCAGGCCCUCUUCCAAGCAGAACACCCCUCAGUACACGACCUCUCACCUGGACCAAGAAAUAGUUCCAUGUACCCCAAACCACAGCAGCAGACAGAAGGGUGACAAGAUGACAAGCUUGUCCUUACCUGACUACACCAGGUUUUCCCCAGCUAAAAUAGCACUAAGGAGACACUUGAAUCAAGACCAUGCAGUCAAUGGAAAAGCAACAACUAAUGAGAUACAGAGAGCUGACCAUGUCAAAGAGAAUGGCCUUACUUAUCCAAGCCCUGGUAUUUCAAAUGGCAUAAAGCUGAGUCCUCAGGAAACUCGGCCCUCUUCCCCAGCGGCCUUACCAAUGGCAGGCGAGAAGGUUUUGAGAGAGAGAACCUCUGUGAGUAAUGGAGAAACUAUCACCAGCCUACCUAUCAGUAUUCCUCUCAGCACAGUGCAGCCCAAUAAACUCCCUGUUAGUAUCCCUCUGGCCAGCGUAGUCCUACCUAGCCGUGUUGAGAAGGUGAGAAGCACACCUAGCCCAGUUCAUCAGAGUAGAGACUCCUCGACACUUGAAAAGCAGAUUGGUGCUAGUUCUCAUAAUGGUGUAAGCAAUGCUGCUGGAAACAAGCCACUGGCUUUGGCUACCUCAGGUUUUUCUUAUUCUUCUGGCUCCGUGGCAGUCAAUGGAAAUCUUACAAACAGCCCAGCCCAUCUUAACCAUAGUGUUGAUCAGGCAGCUCUGGACGACUCUGGGAGUCUGUUUAACUCAGUAGGGUCUCGGAGUUCCACUCCACAACAUCCUUUGCUAAUGAUGCAGUCAAGGAACUCUGGGCAAAACUCCCCUGCACACCAGCACUCAACAAGCCCCAGGUUAAAUGGCACCUCCCAGAGCCUGGUAGGGGUUUUACAAUAUGCAGAUGCUCAGAAGAUGUUUGCCGAAGGAACAAAGGGGGAUCUUCAGUCUGAUGCAGCGUUUUCAGAUCCUGAGAACGAGACCAAGAGAAGAAUCAUCUUUACAAUCUCUCCUAAUACAGGACAUGUAAAACAAUCCCCUUCCAACAAGCACAGUCCUCUGCCCACGAGCACUCGGCUGGACUGUGGCCAAGCACACGUGCAGGAUGGGAAGAAGCGGGGCCGGCGGAAGAGAUCGUCCACCGGGACCCUCGGCGGGACCUCCGGGGUCUCCCCCAAACGCAAAUCCUUGCCUGCUGUGUCUGGGCUCUUUACACAACCAUCAGGUUCACCCCUCAACAUCAAUUCCAUGGUCAAUAACAUUAACCAGCCUUUAGAAAUAACAGCCAUUUCCUCUCCUGAAAACUCCCUGAAGAACUCUCCUGUUCCUUACCAGGACAAUGACCAGCCCCCAGUGCUGAAAAAGGAAAAGCCCCUCAUUCAGACCAACGGUGUCCAUUACUCUCCUCUAACAUCAGAUGAAGAGCAAGGAUCUGAAGAUGAGCACAAUAGCAGCAGAAUUGAGAGGAAAAUUGCAACAAUAUCAUUGGAAAGCAAAUCUCCACAGAAGACUGUUGAAAAUGGCGGUGGUUUAUCUGGGAGGAAACAAGCACAAAGCAACGAGAACAUCAACAGCAGUAAAUGGAAAUCUACUUUUUCACCAAUAUCUGACAUCAACCUGACCAAAACUACAGAUAGUCCUUUGCAGUCAGUUUCAUCUCUGAGCCAGAAUUCGCUGUUUGCCUUCAGGCCCUCCUCAGAGGACAGCCUUGCCAUGGAGGCCAAGCUCACAGCACACACGAGGAAGAGCAUUGCCCUGCCCUCCUCGGGGGCAGAGGGGCUGAGCCCCAGUACAAAUUCCACUAAUGGUUUCACCUACAAUGGGGGACUCUCAACUGACAUGGGUUUACACAGCUUUAUGGAUGGUGCUUCUCUUCCCCAUAAGGCCUUGGACGUGACGACUUCCAGCUGCUCCCUGGGUUUCCAGUCGCAGAGAAGCAAAGAUGUGGGGAUGGUGGAAACGAACCCGUUUUUGAACAAGAGGCCACUGGAAGGUCUUGGCACGAAAGGAGAAGAUUUGAGUCGGUCGGGGGUCAAAGGCAAAGAGAUGAGUGAAAUGAGCAUCCGUGCUGGGGGAUCUUCAGAUAAAAACUCUUUGCAGCACAACGGAAAGGUCGGCAAAGGAAGGGACCGAGAUGUGGAGUUUAAAAAUGGCCACAACCUUUUCAUUUCUGCUGCUGUUUCGUCUGGUGGCCUUCUGAAUGGUAAAAGCCUUUCUGCUGCUGAUUCUUCAGCAGGCAACCCAGCAUCUUCUGUUCAGACACGCCAUCCUUUCCUAAACACUUUGACCACUGGAUCGCAGUUCCCGCUCGGCCCCAUGGCCUUGCAAGCAAACCUCAACUCGGUGACAAAUUCCUCAGUAUUGCAGUCCUUAUUUAAUUCAAUGCCAGCUGCUGCCAGUCUGGUCCACGUGUCAUCAGCUGCAACCAGACUGACUAAUUCUCACACUAUGGGGAACUUCUCUCCUGGGGUUACAGGUGGAACAGUUGGAGGUAUUUUUAACCAUGCGGUGCCUUCUGCCUCCUCUCCUCAUCAAUUUGGAGCCAGUUUCAGCAGCAGUGCUGUCUCUAGCAGCACGGUGCUAAGCUUAAACCCUCUGCAGGCUGUUGCCAGCACCUCAUCCUCAUCCUUCCCACCCCCUUCCUCUAAUUUAGUAACAUCUAGUGAGACUAGAUCUGCUCAGCACCUCAACAGAGCGCCAGUGCAAUCUGUUUUCCAUUCCCCUCCUCCCCCUCCUAACGUUUCCUUGCCCCCACCCCCUCCAUUGCUCACUUCUAACCCUGACCCCCCUCUCCUGCAGACCCUACCAACCAUCCCACCCACCGAGGCUUUUUUGCCACCUUCUUCUGCUGCUUCUUCUGGCCAACCUGCUAACGCUUCUGUGUCUAUCAAGCUUGCCUCCCUCCAGCACAAAACUUCCCGUCCCUCCUUUACUGUCCAUCACCCUCCCCUGCCCCGCCUGGCACUGGCACAGGCAGGGCCCAUCAUCACCCAGCCCAACGUUGCUGGCACCUCCUCCAUGUGGGUGACCCUUGGCAUGCAGCCUCCUUACGCUUCGCACCUUUCGGGGGUUAAGCCACGAUAAAGAGCUUGCUUAGCUAACAGUUCUUAAUGUGUAAGGUAAGGCUAGAGGACAAGCAAGAGGAGUUUGGUACCAGGUGAUGAAUGAUGCUGCUUCCUUUUGCAGAGAGAGGUUGGGGAUGGGCUCUGGGGACCAGAGGUGGCCUCUAAAACGGGCGUGGGGGGGGCAGGAAAUGAAAUGGCAGAGGGGGCUUGAUGCUCUCUGUUCUGGGAGUCAGGAUUUCUCGACAAGGAGUCCUCGCAGGGGGAGCUCUGCUUGCAGCUGACACUAGGGUUGUGUCCAGGUUGAGGUCACUUCAUCAACGUGUUGAUUUCUGAAGAUCAGGGGUCAGGAAGAAAUGUCUAAUGGUUUUAUAGUUAUUGGAAGUGGUUGUUGCCUUCUUGGCUUCCCCCCUCCCCUCUUUUUGCCCUCCGGCACAGACUGUUGCAUCCCCGCAAUCCCUGUUCACACCGUGUUGGGAUGUGUGAUGCUGCUGCUUUCUGACUGUAUGUGGCAAUGUGGUGGUCUUCUUCUUACCAUCACUCAGUGACAGCUGCUCUAAAGAAUCCUCAAGUUAAAAAUUCAAAGUCUAGGUUACAAACCACAGCUUUGCCUUGGAGAGCCAAUGCACUGCUCCUGCACUUCAGUUCAUGUGCAGCACUGGAAAACACAACCACAGGUAGCAAAGAAGGGUUGUAAAUUAUCUGUGCACUGCAGCUUUACUGGACUUGCCUGCCAGGGCUGACCAUAACCAUCAGAUGCUGUAUUUGUUACUGGUUGACUGGGUAGACUGUGAAUGGGAACACAGGGAAUCUGCAGGGUGACCUGUGCUCUGUGCUUCAGAAAGGCCAUAGAGGAGAGGAGGGUUUCCAGAGUCUGGACUCAUUCUUCCUGAAGCAAGUCUUGAAAUACCUUUAGAGCAACUCCAGAAUAAAUUGUACCACCACAGAGCUGGGUACUGUUGUGAAUGAAAAGUCUCUGUGGCAUCCUGAUGUAAACACCUUGUGCUUGCAAAGUUAAACCAGUAUCUCAGGCCCCAGAGUUUGCUCCCUGCUUUUCUUGUAGGUCUUUGAUGUUGUUGCUCUGCACUGAUACCAAAACUACACACAAUAUGUGGUUGGAUACUCUUUGCUGCUUAUAAAACGUGAUAAUACAUAAUUACAAUAUACCUGAGAGAUUCUUUUGACUGUGUAUAGUGUCUUCAUCCACAAAUUGCUCCACAGACACAAACAAAUCCUUGUUAGGCUUUUGUGAGGCAUGUAAGUUUUACCUCUGCCCUUUGAUGCCCAAAGGUGAGGCUGAGGGAGAGUUUGGAGCCAUGUGGUCUCUGGGUGCCAGCAGCAACCAGGUGUGAGGUGGUUGUCACAUCAUAUCCCACCAAGCCAGAGUGGGCUUGGAGGAACCUGGAUAGAAACAAGGUGUGGGAGAAGGGGCAAAGAGGGGGUUUGGAUGUGAGUGACUCCAGGGAGAACAGUGUGAAAGGCUCUGCUGAAGCAGCUGCCUUGCCUGGAGCUGAGGUGGCACUCGACUCCAUCCCAUCAGAUGGGAUGGUCCCUGUCACAGAAGUGGCCUGAGCAAAAUAGGCACAAAAUUGACACGUGGAGCAAAGUAGCUGGGGGACCAGGGUGGGUUGUGGAGCAAAGGAGCAGCAGUAAUGCCACCAGGAGAUGGUGUGUGACAGACGUGCUGUGGUUGUGCUCCUGCUCCAUGUGACUGGUGAAUGUAGGUCGAAUCUCUGAGAAGUUUCAUUGACUCAGUGUGAAAGUGUCUGCUCAGGGUCCUGGAACCAAGGUGGAAACCUGGCAGCAGGGGCCACAAUAAACUGCUCUGCUUCUUGUCAUGUUUCUCCCCCAGGGUAAUGAUAAUUCAAAGGUGCAGUACUGAGUGGGGGAAGAGUUCCCCAUCCCUGAGGUCAGUCCCUGGAGGACACAGUUCAUUAUGUCACUCAUUAGAUUCUUCUUAUCACUGUCCAAGAGCUUUAAACACUGCAGCAGUUGGGAGUGGCCAUGGGUCAGUCCUGGGAGCAUCCUUGGCUGUCUGGUUGCAGUUGGAUCAGGAGUGGUUGUUUCUUUGCUGACUGAUGAAGUCUUGGAGCAAUAUAGAAAUGAUUAACACAUCUAAACACGCAGCAGAUUUUUUACUUCUUAUUUAGAUGAGUCUCUUCCUCUCCUCCUGUUGUGCAGGUAACUAGGAUUUCUACCUCAACCCAAUGUGACCUAUGCAAGGACAACGUGGACCAACUUCACUCGGCUUCCACUGAAAGGUGCUCACCUGGCCUGUGCAGGGGUUUCUACUCUCUUACUACUGGACAAAAUAAAAACAUAAAAAAAGACCUAAACAACAGAGAAAAUAUUUACUGUGAAUCUGAGUUUAAAAGAAAAAAAAAGGCAAAAAAAAACAACAAACCACAAACAAACAAAAGGCAAAAGAAACGCUUAAAGCUCCAGUUUGUAUUGUUGAUAGUUUAGAGAAAGUAUUUAUCUUUUUUUAAAGUGCAACCAAUUUUGACUUAUUUUAUUCCACCUAGAACCAUGAAUACAACUUCUUACUAAAUCCUCUGAAUAACAAAGGACUGGCACACCAGCAGAGAUGUAAAGAGCCUCCUUGGUGCUAUUUCAUCCGUCAGAACUGUGCCUCUAGUUUGAAUCCUUGGUGCUGAACUUGGAGGGCUGACCAAUGCCAACCCCAGGGCUCAGAAAGGUCUGCAAGUUUAUUUAUUCACCUGACUCUGUUCAUAUACCAAAACCCACUUGGUUUUUGCAGCAGUGGGAGCUCCAGAGAAAAGCAAUCUGCCCUUUCCUGUUGCUUUUGAAUUUGAGCUGAGCCAGGUGCUCUGAUCACUGGGUGGUUUGGAAUUUGUGUUGGUGACCAACAAGGUGUCACUGCUCCCCUCUGGGGUGGCAGGUGGUGCCUGGGGUGGCAGGUGGUGCCUGGGGUGGCCCAGGGGAGCUCAGCCACCACAGGCACAGUUGGAACAGCAAGAAAUUCAAGUCCUGCCCCAUUGGAACUACUUCACUGGGCCAUUUGCAGUUGCUGGUGGCACUCAAGUCACUGUGAAUUUUGGUAGCUAGUCUGGUCACUUGUUUGGGGACAUUGUUGGCAUAUGAACAGGGUGCCUAGUCACUGGUAUUGGUCAGGCCCUUUUUACCAACGUUGGGGAAGACUUAACCUAGUGCUUCUGUACUGGUGCAGGUAGCAGAUUUUCUCAGCUUGUUGUUUUUGUUCCAAGUACAGUGUAUUUUGUUAGUAGAGUUUUGAUACUUGAUUCAGAAUGGCUUGGCCCUGUACAUGGAUUGACAAAGUGCAUUUUGCUUUUGUAUUUCUUUGCUUUCAAGUAGGUAGUUCACAAAAACACCCCAAAUCUGGCUUCCUGUGCUGCCACACUAUCAAACUUGGUGCAGUUAAUUGUCUUGUGACUUGAUGUUCUGUGUGCAGAAAGGGCUGCUCUGAGCAGGGGGUGUUACUUUAUAGAGAUGUGAUGAAAAAUUCUACCUUUCAUAUGCUUGAUUUCCUUUCUUUUUAGAUUGUACAAUGCACAGUAACUUGUUAAAAAAAAAAACAAAACCCAACUUAUUUAUUUGAGUGCACAAAGUGAGGAGAAGGAUGAUCCAUUAAGUAGAAAUCAUGCUGGUCUGGAGCUCAGACUGGACCAAGCACCAAGAAAGGAAACUACAGGAAAAGAAGGGGAAUUGCAACAGCAAAAUGACUGGAAGAAAAACACAUUUAGGCUUUGGGAAGCAUCUGCCUCCAAGCCCUGGUGCUCUGAGGGGCAGCACUGGCUGCUCUGAGCCAGAGCAACUCACUGUCCUUAAAUCCCUUGUAGGUCCCUAAAGCUCCCUAAGGAGUCUCCACCUCCAGCAAUGGGGCAUCCCAGUGGUCACAAACAGCUGGGCUGGUGAGUUGUCCCAACUCCUGUCCCUGUGGUGGAUGUAGGGGAGAUGCCUCUGCCCUGGAGUGCUCUGUCCUGCAGCCCAGAUCCAGGAGGAAUGUUUGUGAGCACCAAGAGAGGUGCUGUGGCAGCUCCUGCCCUCCGUGGACUUCAGCAGACACCUUCUCUCUGGCAAACUUAGUAGAGAUUUAGGACAAAGUGCAGUUAUUUUGUUGAUUCCCAAGUGUCUCUUCCAUAGGCAGCCUUUGUGUGCAGAAACUCUUGGUCUAACUUUGCCUUCUUCUUAUUCCCUGGAAAGGGGAGGGAUUGACAGCCCUGGAAGUCAGGGACAUCAUGGAAGUGUUUUGUGCUUUGCAUGUGGGAGAGGACUUGACAGCAGUUGUGUCCUGCUGAGUUCCUGCCAGCAAGAUGAAAUCCUGGCAAGGGUGCUGAGAGGGUGAGAGCUGAGAAACAUCCAGUAGCUUCUAGUAGAAGCUGUACGUGGUGUAUGUCCUGGAAUCCAGGAAGACAAUGUAACCCAGAUGUUUUGCAGCUGGGAGUUGGGCAGCUCCAGCUUCUUCCAGAUCCUUGGAGAACUGGAAGUUGCAGAACUGCCUGAGCAUCCAUCCCAGCAGACAGCAGAGUGCUCAGGUCUUGGAAGGCUUUCAGUUGGUUGCCUGUGCAGUUGCUGGAGGGGCAGCAGCUUUGGUGACAUCUCCCCCCCAUCGUGGUAGGUUUAUAGUUGGACUCAAUGAUGUUAAAAAAAGGGCUUUUGCAACCUAAAUGAUUCUACAAGUCUCUGACCUUUUGGAGCAAAGGAGUUUUGGGCAAGGAGUUUGUCAUCUGCUCUCUGGUGGGUGUUGUGGAAGAGCAAAGCCUCUUUGGUCCCUCAGUGCCACCUGCAGUAGUGGGUGCUGUGGUGGUCAGGAGUCCCUGGUGUCUCCUGCAGGACUUGCUCACCAGCCUCUGCUCCCUGUAGCUGAGCACACAUGUUCUAUCCAGAUGUUUCCAGCUACCAGCAUUUUCCAUCUGUGACUCUCCAGCCAUUAUCUGGGAAGGCCAGAAGACACCAGGACGAGCCAGGAAUAAGCUCUUAGUUGGGACUUAACUGAAGGGGAUUCAGUCUGCUGGUCAGCCUGUGGAGCAUCUGCUUCAGCCUCCUGGGGCCUGUUGGGAUCAGGCCUUCAUCUGCCUCUCAUCCCCCCCGUGCUGCCGUUCCCAGUGACCUGAUGUUUCCCCCUUGGCAGCCCAUGCUGCAGGAGUCUGGAGCUUCUCUUGGCCUUGCCAGUGUCUUCCACCUCCUCCUGGCUCCAUCAGCACCUUCCCAUGCCAUGCAUUGCAUCAUCUCAGAGCUUUGCACUUGUGGCUCUAAUCUAAACCUGCCCAGUAAUCCCCAUGGAGAUGUGGCUCCAGGAAGGUGCUUGAUGGUUGUAGGGAGCAGUGUGAGGUGGGAAGCCAGGAGAGUGCAGGGUUGGGACCAGUGCCUCAGUACUGGGAGACGUUGUUGCCAAGAGGUUUGUGGUCUUGUCUUCCCCCUCCCUGAUCCUUGGUGGCUUUGCCACGAUCCAGAGCAAGUUCAACUUGUUUCUCCUUUGCCUGCAAAAUGGGGAGAGCACUUAGCAGAGCUGCUGAAGGAACAGCUUGGAGAUGUUGAGAUCUGAUCCAUAUGGCUACAAGACCAAGCCCCUCCUGACCCUCCUCUAGGAGAGCUGUGCCAGGGCUCUGAAACCUGCUCUCAGUAAUUGGAGACACUUUAGAGUAAUCAAAGCCAAACAGCCCAUCCCAGAGGAAUUUCUUCUGCGUUACCACAUCCUGCUGGGUCUGGUUGUUCCGUGGAUGUCACACGUGUUCCUUCUCCUCCAACGCUGCUGCUGCCAGCGAGGGGCUCAUCAGGAAGCUAAAAUCCAUCUUGGAGGACAUGACAUUGCCAGAAGAAAAAAGGAACUUCCUGAGUGUUGAGCUGAGCAAACCCUGUGCCCGCUGCUCAGUGUCAGCCUUGAGGAACAAGCCUUGCACGUUCUUCCUUUUUUGGUGCUUUGCUACCUCUGUCCAGUCCACUGAGGCCCACCCAGCUGGGAGGCUGGGAGUGCUGCAGGAGCUCUGAACCUCACCUCCCUCUUUGCUACAGACAAAUCAUUCAGCAACAAUCCUUCCCUCAGCCAGGGGGACACCAGGCAGGCAGCUCCUGGUGCGUAGCUGAGGGAGAAAGUGGGAAAACGUUGCUGGAGGGUUUGGAGGCUUGGACAUGGUGAGCAGGACCAUGGGAAGUCAAACUGUCCCUUGUUUUGGUGCAAAUGAAGCUGUUUCCUUUAGGAUUUGAUCUGGAUUUGGUCUGGAAAACAGUAAUGAUGGGAAGUGUCUUCACCUCUCUUAGUUGAGGUUGUGGAGGCAGUGGGAGAGAGGCAGAGGUGAAGCUGCCCACAACAGGGCGUGCAGCACAUCCUGGAUGUAGGUGACAUUUAGAGACAGCACCAUCUCCAUCUGCUUCCUUCUAACAGCAGGAACUUGUGUCUCCUUGGCCAGACCAAGGUAGAAAUGUUUUCUUGUGCUUCCAUCUCGUUUCUUUCCAAGUGGCAACAGCUGCUUUUUAACCCACCCUGCUCCAGGGUUGUGAAGCCGGAAUCCCCCUGUGCCCGGACUCCCUGGUGGGAUGGGCAUGUGGGGGUGAAGGUGAACUUGCAGGGUCUGAAUCUGUGGUUGCACCUCAAGUACCCCAGGCAGGAAGGUUGCAUCACUUGAUCUCCAAGGGAUCUACUAGUCACUGGUUUUGUGAGCCCAGAGCUUUCACAUCCCCAGGACAUGACACUUCCCAGCCUGGAACUCACCCCGUUGUUUGUCACACUCAGCUCCUUGAUCUCAGAGUGUUGAGCAGCUUUUUGCUUUGUUUAGUCAGACUUGAUACCUGAGCAAGUUACUUCUUCAUCUGGACUCUGCUGAGCAGAGGAGUUUCAGGCUUGAGAAACCCUUCCAUUUCAUCUGGAUCACAUUCCAGGUUGGAGCAUUUGCUUUGGUUCUGCUCGGCCAUCAGGGCUGGCUCCUGAGGUCCCUGCCUUCCCCCUGCUGGGAGCAGAACUUUCCUUCUGAGAGGUGUUGGUGACACUUCUUCAGCCUCCUUCUUCAGGGCUUGGGCUAGAUGGCCUUUAAAGGUCCCUUCCCACCCAAACCAUUCCAUGAUCCUCUGGACAGACCUGGGAUAGUCGCUUUGCCUCAGAAAGCAAGUGGGGGCAGGGUGUGAGUGGGAAGGAGAUGGAUGUGCUGGAUCUGCUUCUCCUUCCAGGGCAGCACAGAUCCACCCACACCCAACCCCGUGGGGCUGCAGCAGCUUUUGCAGGUUGGGUUCUCCACCCCAUGAGUCAUUUCCUUCCCAUGGUGUCAGUUCUGCCCCAUCCCAGCCCUCCCUGUGGAGCAGGCUGUGUCUUCCCAAACUCCUGGGUUUCCUCUUCCAGGAGAAGAUCUCUUUAUUCUGCAGUACUGAUGCCACAUCCAGGCAGUUUGGGGUUGUCUCCAGGGACCUGUGUGGGUUGAUUCUUGCUAGGAUUGUGUGUAAAGAAAGCAGCAUCUGCUCCCCCCACCCACUAGUUUUCCACUUGGAAGAGAGUCCAGGCAGAGGAGAAGGCUGAGCCAUCACAGGCCAGGGAGACCAUCAGUGGGUGCAGAGCUGGGAUCUGCAGCAGGGUGGGCUUGGCCCUUGUGCAGGUGCUGGUUUUUGGUGGGACAUGAAGUCCCUGUGAGGGCCAGCUGGAGCUUGCAUCUCCUCCCAAGUUUAUUCCCAGGGCCCAGCUCUUUGUGACUCCAGUGGGUGGCUCUGGCUGGAGGAUGGUGGGACUUGUCCCCCGUGGUGCCCCUGCCCCAGGGUCUCCUGGCAGGGCUGCCCCCAGCCCCGUGGCCCUGCAGGCAGGACAGCUCUGGGCAGCCAUCCUGCCGUGGGGGCCACAGGAGGGUCCAGCCCUGGCAACCUGCCCCAUCUGCAGGGCUGGGCCCUCCCAGCACCCACGGCUGCUCCCAGCAGCUGUUCCCAGCCCUGAGCAGGGGUUUCCCUCAUUGCUGGAAGAGGAGACUCUGCUGGGACCUUGUUCUCAGGCUGCUGCUGGUGAUUCCCCUCCCAGCUCAGCCCCCCCUGGGCUCCUCGUGCCUCAGGGUCUGGAAUUGGUGCUGAUCCCCUCUGAGCACUUGGAACAAACACUUUCCCACCCAUCCCAGGUGCUGCUGGAGCUGUUCCUUGGGUCAUUUGGUCCUAGUGCCAAUGGAAGCAGCUUUGGUUGAUCAAGUCCUACAUUUAGAAUCCAUUUCCUUUCUGACUUGAAAUCAGUUCUUCUGAUACAGGGUAUGGAAACCUGAGGAGUACUGAUGUGCUUUUCCUUGGAGGGAGUUAUCCCAGCUCACACAGCUGGUUGUCCUGCAAAAAAAUUCCACUUGUGGUGGUUUUGCCUGAGCCAAAAGUGUAAAGAGAAGUUCUGGCAGCUCCAUAUGGUGGCUUCUUCAGUUGAGGAAUGGACGUUGCAGAGGGGGCUGCAAACCAACUCCAACGUGUCUGGAAAAAUCACCACUUGGGGAGAAGAAACUAGACAGUGUUUUUGUGAACUAUCUUUGCAGCACUGAGGAAAAAAAAAAUAUCACAGGAAUUGGAUAAUUUUUUUUUGGAAGCACAGACGUGUAGUGAGUGUACAAGGUUUGGAAGUUUUCUGGCUGUUAAAAGAUGAUUUUCCUUCUCUUUUUGCCUCCAGCAUUUCCAUAGCUUGCAUAUCAGGUUUUCACUGACAAAUGAAUUUCCAGUUUUAAAAAUUGUGUUGUGCCACAGUUUAUUUAUCCUCAUGCAUUAUAAAUCUAGAACUAUCUAUUUAGACUGAAUAUUGCAAUAAAAAGAUGCUGUUAUUGGGAACUUCAGGGUUUAAACCUGGGACAAAACCCACAAAUACAUGGGAAAUACCUCCCCAGUAGAUUUGCUAUUUAUGAUUCUCUUUCUGCAGAGGUUUCUAGAGUUGAAGCAAAAAACAUAAAAUCACAUCUUAAAGUUCCAAGUUUGAUGCUGACCCUGAAGUUCUCAAAUUCUUGUGAUCCUUUGGGUUUGGUUUUUUUCGAGGUACAUUUGGUUGCUUUUUUGGUGCAGUCAAACUCUUCUUUUUUCUAGAAAGGUCUCGUUUCUGGAGUUAAUGAGGGAAAGUUGGAAUGGGUUUGAUCCAUCCUGCUUGGCUUUAUUUUUAUUUUUUUUUUUUAACCUAUUAACCUUUGAAACGAUCAAUCUCAAAAUUACAAACCAGCUUCUUUAGGUCUCUGUUCUACUUCAAACUUUUUUAGGAGUGAGAGCCUGCCCUGGCUGACUGGGACUUGGAUGGGGAAAGCAGUAGAUGAUGAGGUUGCUGUUGCUCAGGAAUUGAUUAGUAAACUUUUAACUACUACUAAGAAUCCAUUUUUCAAUGGAUUUUUUAAAAAAAACAAAACAAAAACAACCCCAUUUUCUUAGAACAGUGAUAUGGGAUGUUUCCUAGUGAAUAGGAAUUAGUUUAUAUAAUUUAGCCUAUUAAACUGAAUUAUUUAAAUUUCAAACUUCCCCUAAUUUAUCUUUUUUUUUUUUUUGGUUGUUGUUGUUGGGAUUAUUGUUUGUUUUUGGUUCCUUUUUUUACACCAAUAAGUUGUCCUGUCAUUCCUUUCAUUCUCCCAUAGAACUAGUGUGGAUUCUUCUGGUGUGUAUAUAUGUAUGUAUAAUAUAUAUAUUUCCACCCUGCCUUUCUAAUUCUCCACAAUGUAAGAGUUAGGUUUGGUUUUCUUUAUGUUUUUUUUUCCUCCCCUCCCUCCACUUAAUUUCUUGUGUCUUUCCCUUGAUUUGUAAUUGAAACGAUGCUUUGAAGUUUUGUCUUUAUAUUAAAGUGUAAGUAUUUUAAUA